AGAUGACCAUGCGUUCUGCUCAAUGCCGUGGAUGAGCAUGGUCUAUCCUGGGUGCGAUCACUCCGUUUCUUUUUCUUUCUUUUUCUUUUUGAGAUCGGAGAGAAAAUAUCAACCUCGCCCUCCGCUCUGGAUCCACCCCCUUCGGGAAUCCGGAUGCGAGGUGAAACCAAGACAUGGCCACUUUGAAGCUCCUGUCCCAGCCGCCAGUCAUCGAAUGGCGCCUGAGGACUGAUUGGUGACCCAUAAAUUCGCACUUACACUGUGUAAUGGGUUCGUAUGGAGGGAUUCGCGAAAGAAAAAAGAAAAGGCCUUACUCGCGCCUAUUUCAUACAAGGACGAGAGUCCAGAUCCACCCCGUGCUGCCUGCGUAGUUGGAAUGUGAUGAGCAAAACCAGAAGAAGCCAGGACUACACCCAGAUAGGACUUGAUUGCCCACCCUUCCAAACUCCGUGCUUUGGGGCUGAACAAACGCCGGAAUGUGAUAGUAGGCGAGGACCCAUGUGUUUAAUGUGUUUAAAACCUGCUGAAAGGGGAGCGAUCAACGACGGGGCACCGACUGAAGCAAGGGAUGAACAGAAGCCGACUUUGAUGUCUGGCCUCAGGCUGUCUCCGCCGGUGGGGAGCCUGGUGGCCCCAGGCCGCCAGGACGAACCACUCGGCAGUACCCGAUCGUCUUCCACGGCGCCUUUAGUUCGCCCACUUCAACCCACCUUCCUGCACGAUUGCUUCAAUAGUCGACUCUCGUCCAGCUCACGGCCGGGCUUUCGUAAUCCCUCCGUAUCAGCAAGCCACUCGGCCGAUGAUCCAUGGUGAUGGCCCCCAUUCUUCCACAUUCUUUUGCUCCAGGAGUGUAACUCCAGAAAAUCAGUAUUGCCAUCGCCAUCGCCAUCGCCAGCGUCAUUCCCAUCCCCGCAUCACCAUUCCGACCAUCGAGAUGGCCUCGGGUAAAUCCCACGAGAUGGAGUCGUGUCUGGCUAGAACCGUGCAAAGGACAAGCUAGGGGGCUGGAUCCGGCCAAUGAUCCUUCUACCCUACCG